AUGAUUAAGGUAACAUUUAUUGUUAAUGAUAUCUCUUUGAAUUUGGAGUUAAGUACUGAGGAAACAGUCGAACAAAUUAAGAAUUUUUUGGUUGAAAAUUUAGAAAAAAGUAAUGAUUUUUCUAUUAAAAAGUUUUGGAUAAAAAGGAUGGAGCUGUUAUUUAAAAUAAAGGGAAUAUCAUUUGUAACCAAAUUAAAGUAUUGGAAAAUGUGAUAAUGAUACUUUGA